UGAAACAAAACCCUUACGAGUUUCUUCGCCUGUUUGACAUGAAGUGAGGGAGAGCUCGAAAAUGAGCAAAAAAAUGUCUCAAAAUCACCAAGCUCUUCUUUUUAUCCAGAAAAUGGUGAAGAGUCCACCAUUGAAAGCUCUCUCACUCUUCAACGACACUCCCCAAGGAUUCCAACAUACACCUCACUCCAUAUCAUUCAUUCUUCAUCAUCUUCUUUCUUCUAAUUUACUUGUUCAAGCCCAAUCUUUCAUUCUAAAACUACUCUCUGGUCAAAUCUCCUCACACCUCUUCACGCCUUCCUCUCUUCUCCACCAACUAUCUCAGCCCAACUCCUUUCCUACCUCUUCCCGUCGCUAUCUUUUCGAAGCAAUCAUCAAUGCCCAUGUUCAAUCUCGAUUACCAGAAGAUGCCCUUUGCUUUUUAGCACGUAUGGUGGAGCAGGGCCUCGUUCCCGAAUCGAAAGUAUUUAACAAUGUGUUGGGUUCUCUUGUUAAGUCCAAUAACUUCGAAAGAGCUUGGUGGGUUUUUAAUGAAUUUAAGAAUAGGAUUGAAUUGGAUGAGUAUAGUUUUGGGAUCAUGAUCAAAGGUUGCUGCGAGGCUGGUGAUUUGAAUAGAGGUUUCCAGAUUUUGAGUCAGUUGGAGGAAUUGGGUUGGUCUCCAAAUGUUGUUAUAUACACUACUUUGAUUGAUGGGUGCUGUAAGAAUGGCGAUAUCGAGCGAGCAAAGAGGUUGUUUUCUAAGAUGGGUGAGCUUGGUUUGGCUCCUAAUCAGUAUACUUAUACUGUUUUGAUUAAUGGGUUUUUCAAGAAAGGUCUUAAGAAAGAUGGGUUUGAGCUUUAUGAGAAGAUGAAGCUCAAUGGAGUCAUUCCCAGUGCACAUACUUACAAUUGCCUAAUCAAUGAGUAUUGUAACGAUGGGGAAAUAAGUAGUGCAUUUGCUCUGUUCGAUGAAAUGCGUCAACAAGAGGUUGCUUGUAAUGUUGUCACGUACAGCAUCUUAAUUGGUGGGUUAUGUUUAAAGAAACGGGUUGAGGAAGCUGAGAAGUUGAUGGAUCAAAUGAAAAGAGCUGGUAUUAGUCCGAGUUUAAUUUUGUUCAAUAGGUUGAUUGAUGGGUUCUGUGAUGCUGGUAAAUUGGAUAAGGCAUUGAGCUUAUUUAAUCAAUUGAAGUCACUCGGCCACUCUCCAUCUCUAGUCACUUACAAUGUUCUAAUUGCUGGUUAUGGUAAAGCUAAAAAUUUAACAGGAGUUGCUGAUGUAAUAAGAGAAAUGCAUGAGAGAGGCAUUUCUCCUUCUACAGUGACUUAUACAAUAUUAAUCGAUGCCUUUAUUCGGUCAGAUGACAUGGAAAAAGCUUCUCAGAUACAUUCUAUCAUGGAGAAAGAUGGUAUAGUUCCCGAUGUUUACACCUAUGGGGUCUUAAUACAUGGGCUAUGCAUGAGGGGUAACAUGAAAGAAGCAUCAAAACUGUUCAAAUCAAUGAGUGAGAAGGCCGUGGAGCCAAGCGAUAUUAUAUAUAACAUGAUUGUCAGUGGUUACUGUAAGGAGGAUAACUCUUACAAGGCCCUGAAGUUGCUUAAAGAAAUGAGUAAUAAGGGAAUGGUUCCAAACAGGGCUAGCUACAUUUCCACCAUUAAUGUUCUUUGCAAAGAUGGAAAAAGGCGUGAAGCUGAACUUGUACUGAAAGAGAUGAUCAUGUCAGGUUUAACACCACCAUCUAAGACUUGCCAACUUAUCUUUCAAGUGGAUGCUUCUUAAGCCGCUUGCUUGAUCGAAUGAUGUCGACUGUAGUCAUUCUCGCCUUGUAUAGAGCUCCUUUGUCUACUCUUUGGUCCUUGGGAAGAGACUGGAUUCAAAUGGGUAUUUCUUUGCUUGUUUUGUUCAUUAUAAGAUCUUGAAAAACAAGUGUAUGAAAGAGGUGCUUUACACUCAACAACCUCAACAUUGCCUAAGUGCACUGCCUAGUGAAGAGGUAUCCUACCUAUGUCAUCAGCUUCUACCACUGAAGAUGGACAUGUGUUUAAAACCUUUCUCACUAAAUCUGCAUAUCAAGAGGUAAGGGUUGUUAGGAGCUGCAUGAAAAGCAUUCAUUGUCGUUCCUUCCUCCACAUGAACUCUGUGGGGAGCAGUAUCAAGAAAAUGAAGAGCAGCCUUGUAAAAGCAUCUAACCACAGCCAAGAUGAGUGGAGGAGAUUCCCCAACGUUGUUGACAAAACAUGUUCAUUCUCGGUCUUCGUCAAUUAGUAAAAAUAGCUACCUUGUAGUGACCAUUUCGAACAGCUUCAUAUUUGACAAUCCUGAUUCCUGAGCAGGCUCCUGUCUGCUUCAAGAUCUUUUUUUUGCCUUUCACAUUUGUUUUGUACAGAAAGCAAAUAGGUUGAAUAUAGAACAUCUUCUCAAAUAGUUACUAUAUAUUUGAACCUACUUUAAUGAGUUUGUCAGAUGAUUGUGCUCAAAUACUGACAAAGGAGCAAAAUGAUGGAUCAUUUGCAUAAUGAUGGUACACAAAUCGUUGUUGUCUUCCAGGACCAGGCGUUCGGGUGCCAUUGUUCUCUUGGUUCAAAUUCUUUGCAUAGUGAUUAGUCGGAUUGACCCUAUAGCAAUGAUAUAGUUUUCUAAUUGACAGAUAUUGUAGGAUUAGGUGGAUGGUGUAGUUUAAAUAUAUAUAUAUAUAUAUAUGAUUAGCCAGAUAUUUAAUGCAUUUUAAACACAAUGAUGGUGAAUAUGAUAAUAAUAUAAUUUGGAAGGGCAUGAAUCCAGCUGCCUUUAAUGGUAGCCUUGCUCCCCUAUUGUUUAUAA